AUGCCUCGCGCCGAGGCUGGAAGCACCAAGGCGAUCAGCAACAAGCUCAAAUCUAAAGGACUAGGUAGAUUGCGGUGGUAUUGUCAGGCUUGCGAGCGCCAGAUGCGCGAUGAGAACGGCUUCAAAUGCCACGUACAGAGCGAAAGCCACGUGCGACAGAUGCUGCUCAUCGGUGAAGAUCCAAAGAAACAUAUCGAGGAUUUCAGUAAGGAGUUCAUGAAGAAUUUUGUGGAUCUUCUCAGGACUACACAUGGAGAGAAGAAAGUCCAUAUCAAUCAGUUCUAUCAACAAGUUAUCGCUGAUAAAGAGCACAUACACAUGAACGCCACCAAAUGGAAGAGUCUUACACAGUUUGCGGCGCAUCUCGGCCGGGAAGGUAUCUGCCGCGUUGAAGAAACCGAGAAGGGGUUGUUUGUUUCGUACAUCGACCGGAGCCCGGAGACAAUGCGACGCCGGGAAGCGAUCCUCAAGAAAGAACGACAGGAUAGGGGAGAUGAGGAGCGAGAACAACAGCAGAUUCAGGAACAGAUCGAGCGGGCUCAGCGCAACGCGGAAAAGCAGGAGGAGAUUGAUCAUGAAGCUCGGGUUCUACAGCGGAAGGAGGGAGAGAAAGUGAAGCUCAACAUUGGCUUUGGGUCGAAGGCAGCCGGCGAGCCGAAGGCCGCAGAGUCGAGAACACAGUCGCCCGAGGAGAAAAACAAGGAUUCUGCUUCAUUGACGCCAGAUACCACUGCAGCUGCAUCUUCUGCGACUUCCAUCGAAACCGUGCCACAGGCGGCUCCGAAAAUCUCCAUGUCAUUCAACACUAGCAAAACCAAGAAUGUUUUUGCAUCUGCGGCGAAGAAAAACCCUCUGGCUGGGAAAAAGGGCUCAGUGCUCGAGCAACCCAAGAAGAUGACCGAGCAAGAGAGAAUCAUGAAGGAGGAGUUGGAAGCGAUGGAACGGAAGCGUUUGCGUGGAGGCUCGGGCUUUCCAAAUGCCAAGCGACCUAAGAUCUCCUAA